ACACGUCAUCACACUUCCUGCGCACGUGUGGUCCACCGUAACUUGCGUAGUGUUCCUUGGUAGCUUCUACUUUGAAAAGCUUAUUGUUAUUUACUUAUUAAUGUAUUGAUUUUCGUAUUCGAACGUCGAGGCGAGGCUGCACGAUCUCUGCAAAAGUACCACGUGAUAAUACAAUUGUCCUGAAUCCAUUUGUCAACAUAAAUCUAGGCCAUCUGAUCUGUCUGGAUACGUGAGGUGGAGAGGAUGAACAUCGAGGAGAAUAAAGUGAAUGAGGAUAUGGCUGAUGAUGAUGAAGAAUCUGGAGAAAUGCCCAAGAUUGAAGCAGAUGAGGAUGACGACAACACAGAGAAUGACGAUGAAGAACUAAAUGAUGAGGAACUUAAAGAACAGGCUGAAGGUGAUCCCAUAGAGAAAAAGGUGUCAGUAGGCAAGACGUGUCUGCCUGGAAUAGUGUAUUUAGGUCAUAUACCACCAAGACUGAGACCCAAGAAUAUGCGCAACAUGCUGAGUCUGUAUGGGGAGAUUGGAAGGAUAUUCCUACAGCCUGAAGACCGGUCUGUGAAGAGGAAGAAAAAGAAAGCUGGCACCAAGGCAUGCAGUUUCACUGAGGGCUGGGUGGAGUUCAGGGACAAGAGAGUGGCCAAGAGAGUGGCAGCUAGCCUCCACAACACACCGAUGGGCGCCCGGAAAAGGAGCCGCUUUGUCAGUGACCUCUGGAACAUCAAGUACCUCCACAGAUUCCAGUGGUGUCACCUGAGUGAGCGACUGGCCUAUGAGAUGACUGUGCUCCAGCAGCGCCUCAGAACUGAGAUCUCUCAGGCCAAACGAGAGACCAACUUCUACCUGGCCAAUGUGGAGAAGAGCCAGAACAUGGACAAGCUGAGGAAGAAGAGGGAGAGGAAGGGCGAGAAGAUAGAGGAGAAGACUUGGGACUUCACCCAGCGACGUACAGAGGAUGAGAUUCAGAUGAGUCGCCUGCAUAAACAGACCAUGUCCAAAAAGAACCUGCUGAAGGCCCAGGACAAGGCCAGGGACAUACAACAGAAGUCCCAGUCCAACGUCUCUCUGCUGGCCAAGAUCUUCAACAGCAGCAAAGCCAAGGACUGAACCUAUCCCGGCAGUUCUAGUCAAACACAGUAUCCCAGGACUGGUCUCUUUCAGUAUCACAAUUAGAGCAACCUUUUGCCCCUGACACUUGCUGGUGUUGUGAGCGACACUGAGAGGAUGGGCUCUGUCCAGACACACAGACUCAAGGGAAAAAUAGGGUUUUCUCCAUCAGUUUAAUUAUAAAUGUAGGAGAGACUUGGACAGAUCCUCUUUUUGGUUUAAUGCAUUGCGAACUAUAAGAUAUGAUGUAGUAACAAUAUGUUCAGCACCGUGGAAAACACCUGCUCAUACUGUAUGUGCUAUUUGGAAACAUUAAAUGGAAAUACCUCUAAUUAGUUCAUUUAAUUGUAAAGAUAAACACAAACCAUACAUUGAUGAUAUAUGCUGAACAAAAAUAUAAACGCAACAUGUGGUUUCAUGAGCUGAAAUAAAACAUCUGAGAUUUUCCAUACA